GACGCUUCAUAUUAAAUUCACCGACAUAGUUUGCCACUGGCUGAAGCGGUGUCAGGUAACCUUGGCGGAAGUAGUCAUUCACCGUGUUAUGUUCUCGCGUGGCUCUGUCAACACUCGCGGGAUCGAAGUCUACUCCGCUCGUGACUGCUGCCUGGUGAAAGAAAGCUAAUCUAACUGAACGGGAGGAGCAUCUCGCGAGACUUACCUUGGGAAGGGGGCCAUCUUGUUGCCUCAGAACCGGCGGGGGUCACAGGGACAGUGAGGGCAGCGGUGCUGGUGACGCGAUGCUGGCCCGGUUGGCUUUGGGCGGCUUGGCCCCCGCCGCAUUGAGGAGGUUGGCGCCCGCUCUCUCUGCUGGAGUUGUUCAUAUAUCAAGACCACUUCACACUAGUCAGCAGCACUUGGCACCUGUGCCACCUCUGCCUGAGACAGGAGGUAAAGUCCGCCAUGGGAUAAUCCCUGAAGAGUUUUUCCCGUUCCUGUACCCUAAAACAGGAGUCACAGGCCCCUACGUGUUGGGAACUGGACUCCUGUUGUAUCUUCUGUCCAAGGAAAUUUAUGUAAUUAAUCAUGAAACAAUUGCUGCGAUCAGUAUUGUGGGAAUCCUCAUCUAUGGAAUUAAGAAGUUUGGUGGUGAUGUAGCAGCUUUUGCUGACAAGCUCAAUAAUGAAAAAGUUGCUUCUUUAACAGCUAUAAAAGAUAGUAUGAUCAGCAGCUUGGAGACGGCAAUUGCGGAUGAGAAGAAAGAGCAAUGGAGGGUUGAGGGUCGCCACUAUCUCUUUGAUGCUAAGCGGAACAAUAUUGCUAUGCUGCUGGAGACCAACUAUAGGGAAAGGCUACUCAGUGUAUUUACUGAAGUAAAGAAACGGCUAGACUAUCAAGUUGCUAUGCAGCAUUUUGUGCGGCAGAAGGAGCAAGAUCACAUGAUCAAGUGGGUGGAGCAAAAUGUUAGGAAGAGUAUAACAGCUCAACAGGAGAAAGAGAGCAUUGCCAAGUGCAUCUCGGAUCUGAAGGUGUUGUCAAAGUCUGCACAGGCAGCUGUCUAAAUGCAGCAUUUACUUCCAACCUGUUAAACUGUAUGAUAUUCUUAAUUAAAACAUCUGUACCAUU